AAAAUGGAUUUGAAAAAUUUAAUGAUAAAGAAGAAAAAGAUCCAAAUCAAGGUUUAGCUAAACUUAGAAAAAAUAAUUAUGAAAAAAAUUAUAUAACUGAAAUUAAUUCAAAAGAAAUAUUAAAUAA